AUGUCGCAAAUACCAGAGUCCGAGGACAAGAAGCCCAGGUUCGAUGAGACGCAGGAUUCCGAUGGAACCAGCACCAUCGAAGCCAUCACGGCCCUGGUGGUCGAAGACCACAAGCAUGAAAUCAAGCUGAGGACUAUGUCGUGGCAAAAGGCCGCUUGGUUGCUGGCAGGCGACCAGGUGUGUUUGGCGAUCAUGUCGCAAUCGUGGUCUUUGUCGGUCUUGGGAUGGGUUCCCGGAAUCAUAACCAUGUUGCUCUCCGGAGCGCUAUUUUGGAUCACCUCGAUUACCAUGCACAAAUUCAUUAUGAAACACCCUCAGAUCCGUGAUAUCUGUGACUUCGGAUACUACGCCUUUGGACAGAGCAAGAUAGCCUACGCAUUCACUGCGUUCAUGUUGCUAGCGAAUAACAUUUUGCUCAUCGGUUUCCACGUCUUAACUGGCGCUAAGAUUCUCAACACGCUCUCGGAUCAUUCGCAGUGCACGGUCGUUUUCUCCGUUAUCGCAAUGUUGAUGGGUAUUGUGCUAUCGUUGCCGCGAACUUUGCGCCACGUCUCGUUCAUGUCCAUGUUUUCUUCUGCCUGCAUGGGAUUGGCCAUUCUCCUCUUCCUCAUUUUCGCGGGUAUCGAAGAUGCCCCCCUCUACGGCUACAACGGAAACUAUCCCACCGACGGACCUGUCCACACAUACGCAUUUCCUCUCGAGGGCACAACCUGGGUUGCCUGCAUGAAUGCUAUGGAAAAGCCCCAGGACUUCCCCAAGUCCCUCGCCGUUUUAGCCGGUAUUUCGGUCAUACUAUUCAUUAUUCCGCCUUCUAUCGGAUUUAGAUACCUGGGUCAAUACGCCACGGCACCUGCAUUCGGAAGUCUGGGUGUCGUUGCAUACAAAAAGGCCUCUUUCGCAUUCGUCAUUGUCCCGACUCUCAUCAUCGGAGCCAUCUAUGCCAACGUCUCUGCGAAAUUCAUCUACUACAAGGUGAUGGGCUCCUCUCAUCACGCCCACAGCAACACCGUUAUCGGCUGGGGUGCAUGGGUCUUGGUUAUGGCCUUUAUCUGGAUCCUGGCCUUCAUCUUCUCCGAGGUUGUCCCCAGUAUGGGUGAUUUCCUGUCCCUACUCGGUGCCGCGUUUGACUCGUUCUUUGGAUUCAUCUUUUUUGCCGUCGCGUACUGGCAGUUGUACCGCAACAAGCUGUUUGCUGGUGCUGGUAGAACGGUGAUGACGCUGAUUCAUGUGUUUGUCAUGAUUGUGGGUCUGUUCCUGUUGGGACCGGGUCUUUAUGCGGCGGUUGAGGCUAUUAUUGCUGAUUACUCGGGUUCGACAACGCCGGCUUUUGCUUGUGCAAAUUUGUCGCUAUAG